AUGGAGUUCUUCAAUUUCGAGGCCGCCUCGAUUGAUUCGGUCACUCAUUUUGUUGAUGCCUCAGGCGAGGCCCCCGGCGGUGGCACUGAUGGUCUUGGAAUGAAUCAGGAGUCGGCUCACAGUAAGGUCAACCGCGGUUCUGUUGAGGCAUCUGAACACAGACCGUCCGUGGCGAUAAACAUUCCGAUUUCGGAGCCUCGGGAUAUCUGUUUUCCGCAGCAUGAUCAAGUCCCCUUUCCCAGCAUAGAGAAUGAUGACCAGGAUAUCGAGUCUUCCGGACCGGGCAAGAGAAGCCGGGCACGACUGCCAAAGCAUGCAGUUCGAGUCUUGCGCAGCUGGUUGGCCAAUAAUUCAGAUGAUCCCUACCCCACGGGAGCCGACAACCUGUAUUUGAUGGAGAAGACGGGGCUGUCGAAAACGCAGAUUCGCAACUGGUUGGCAAACGCCAGAAAGCGCAAGCGCUUCCUUCACUCCGCCACGUCCUCGGACGUGCAGUCCCACGAAGCCUCCAGUGCUCGGUCGAGCGUGGACAACAGCCUCUCUUGGACACCACUGGAGCGAUGGCAAAAUUCGCCUCCGGAGGACGAACCUGCGUCGCUAUCAGACGUCUACCAAGCGUUAGUCGAUCGACCCAGCGACUACGAGAUGGGAUCGAAUCCUGCUGCAGGCUUUCCGUCCGAAGGUCAUGCGCAUCGCAAGUCCAGCAGCAUUUCGAGUUUCAGUGACCUAAGCAUGACACGCGCUGCAUCCGCCCGCAGCUCGGACUCGAAUUACUCCUCAGCCUCGGACCUCUCGCUCUCCGGCCUCUUCACCGAUCAUUUAUCUAUCAGUCCGCACCAGUCGCGCCCACGGAGCAGGAGCCGACAUCGAUAUUCGAAGCGUCGCACUUACAAGAAGAAGCCGGCCGAGGACAAGGAGAAGGGAAAGAAACAGCGGCUGUUCCGAUGCACGUUUUGCACGCAGACCUUUACCACCAAGUAUGACUGGCAGCGACACGAAAAGUCUAUUCAUUUGAACCUCGACCAGUGGGUUUGCGCUCCUCACGGGGCCACCAUGGUAGUCAAGGGAGCCACCAUCUGCGUGUUCUGCGGUCUCGUCGACCCCGAUCUCGACCACAUCGAGUCCCACGACUAUAGUAUCUGCCAAGGCAAACGAUCCCAAGACCGAAUGUUCAACCGAAAGGACCAUCUCUCGCAGCAUCUGAAGCUCACCCAUAGCACCGAGCUGCAACCGCACAUGGACGACUGGUGCGUAUCGACACAAGAGGUGCGAUCCAGAUGUGGCUUCUGCGACUCAGUAUUCACCACCUGGAAAGAACGCAACGACCACCUAGCCACCCACUUCAAAGCCGGAUGCGACAUGUUUCAAUGGCACGGCGACUGGGGAUUUGAGCCCCAUGUCCAGGACCUAGUGAAAAACGCCAUGCCGCCGUAUCUCAUCGGCGAAGAAUCCGUGACUAUUGAGCCUUGGAGACCGACCUUCCUCCCGGAGGACUCGCAACUGGCUUUCGGGCACAAUUCCUGGGCGAAUAACCACCCCGAGGCAUUUCAGCUGCUGCACGAUCACCUCGUCGAGUUUAUUAUUCGGCAGAAACUGAAUGGGUUCUUCCCGUCCGACCACAUGAUUCAGAACGAGGCCCGCAGACUGGUCUACGGGAGCGAAGAUGAUUGGGAUCAAACCUCGGCCGAUAAUCUGGUCUGGUUGAAUAUUCGAGCACUCACCCGUCUUGACACCCGUCACAUGAACCAGAUGGACUGUUAA